GGUAAAUCGCUUCAAGGUUUGAAAAUCAUGGCUGAUAUAAGUCGACAAGAACUUUUAGUCAGAGGGAAACCAACAGAAUUUUUAAGUCUAGGGAAAAGUUUGAAUGAUGAUCCAAAGAAAAUUCUGCUCAUUAUUCCAGGCAGCUUGACACAAUCAGAGCGAGGAGCUGUGCUUUCAACCCGUUAUAGCCAUCAAAAAACAACUCCACCACCACUAGCAAACUGCCAAACACCAAACCAACUGUCACGCCACCAAAAAACACCAAACAAGCACCAAGACUACACACCAAUUCACAAACAUCAGACACGACAAAUCGCUCACCAACUCAACAACCACAGAUGGACACAAGCACGACAGAACUCGAUUACUGACUACCCAAAACUUAAGUGAAAUGGACACAGACGACUGUACUAACUGACUACCUCUCACUCCAAAUGCCUUCAUUGACUGACUGCUCCUGACUGACUCUGAAUGCUCGGCGACCGAGCCACUCAACGAGCCAAAACGCCUGCCAAAAAAGCAGUUCACUCGUCAACCACCCAUUCAUCAUUCACACCCUCUCCCUCUCCUUUAAGAAAAAAAAAAGGCACAAACCUUCCCUAUACUAUCUUAAUAAUAAUAAUAAACAUAAAAAUACAAUAUAAUAAAUACGCAAAACAUCCAAGACCCUUUCUAUCGCUUCCGUCGAACGCAAACAACCCAACGAGACAACAGAUGAAACAACCAGUCUCUCUCUCUCUCUCUCUCUCUCUCUCUCUCUCUCUCUCUCUCUCUCUCUCUCUCUCUCUCUCUCUCUCUCAUAAGUAACCUUUGAGAAUGUUGUCAAAUGCAACCAAUUUAUCAGUUCCCCCCAUAUUUCCCCCCCUAUUACAUUUGACAACAUCCUUUCACAUACCACUCACAACAUCCACACUAAAUAACCCUCCUUAAAACCCAGGGAUGCUCAGAUGCUGGCCCCCUGAAUCUUGUUCAAGGCCCCUCAUACACUCUCUCAGUCACAUCGUCAUUCACUUCUUCCAUACCACUUUCAUUCAAACUUACACUAUCUCCCUCCCUACUGUCCUCCCAAAUCCCAUUCACUAUUUCAUUUACUCCUUCUAACUCUUGCCCCAAUAUAUCCUGUAUCUCUGCCACCAAAUCACUCACCUCAUUCAUAUCCCUGCCAAACUCCUGAAGAGACUCAUUCAUACUGCUAACCACUUCCCUACUACACGUACGAAUCCCCCACGAAUACGGGGGGACCACUGUACUUUGUAAUCCUGGGGUAGUUUCCUAUUAUAGAGAAUUCAUGCAACAUCUCUAUGAUGGUGUUCGAGAUACUCAUUCGGUUUGGGCUGUCUCCCAUGCAGGUCAUUCUCACACUCCAAGUCUUUCUUUCUGGCCCAGUAAUCAACAUGUUUAUGACCUGGAAGAGCAAGUACUACACAAGAUGGCAUUUAUCAUGGAUCAUGUACCAAAGGGUACACAGAUAACAUUAAUAGGACAUUCCAUUGGUAGCUAUAUCAUUCUAAGGCUUCUGAAAGCCAUGGAAGCUCAUUCAGAAAUUAAAAUUGAAAAGAAUUACCUUCUCUUUCCUACAAUUGAGAGAAUGAAAGUAUCUCCAAAUGGAGAGAAGUUGUGGCCUUGGCUCUCCUACUUUCGUUGGCUAGUUAUAUUUUUUACAGUAUUAGCUUAUAUCCUUCCUGUUACAGUUAAACAAAUAAUAUUAAAGCUUUACUUUUCAAGGAAAGAAAUGUCAGAGGGUUCUUUGAAAGCAACAAUCGAGUUACUUCACCCUAAAAUCAUUCAAAAUGUCCUGUGGAUGGCAUACAAUGAACUAAAGUAUGUCAAUGAUGCUGAUAAGGAGACAGUAAGCAAGUAUAAAGAUAAAUUAGUGUUUUAUUAUGGUGCAAGUGAUGGCUGGUGUCCUCAGUUGUAUAGAACUGAAUUGCUUCAGAAGAUUGAUGGGCUCACUAGUUUUCUUUGUGGAGAGGGAUUUCCUCAUGCAUUUGUUCUAAGUAAAUCAGAAGGGGUAGCAAAAAAGGUUGUUGGUUGGAUUGCCUCAUAAUUAAUUUAGUGCUCUUGUUAAGUCUCACAAAAUGGCUUAUCACUAAAUGUAUUUACGGUCAGACAUUUGCAACAAUACUGGCAUUGCAUGUAAGAAAAAUGCAAACUUUAUUUCCCCCUUGAUAGUACUUUGUAUACAUGUUACAUGUUCUUGCACUUAUGAUUUGACUGGGAAUAUUUUUUAAAAACUAUGCUAUAAGAGGUUCUAUGAAAACAAAGUAUGUAUGUACCUGUAUUUUAACUCUGUGGUCAGGUAAAACACCCAGUGAUAAUAGUCCUCUGUACUACUGGACUACAUAGCUCUCCCUCAGUUAGGUGAUUUUCAGCCAGAAGCAACAAAUAUAGUAUACUACCACUUCACAGUAAGUAAAGAGAAUUUCAAGAUUUCUUUUUUAAUUUAUUUUUUAUACUACUUACUUAUAUAGAGCCAUUUUUUAUAAUGCUCAUAUAUGCUACUUUAAUUUGUAUAAAGUGAUCAUAUAAUCACGUAUAAAGUAUUCAUAUAUAUACGUAUAUAUAUCAUUUUAAAAAGUACAGUACGUAUACUCAUACGUAUCUAUAUAAUAGUAUUAACAAGUGUAGUCAAAUGUUUGCAGUACAAAGGUUUUUUUUAAUAGUCAUUAAUAACAUUACGUAUCUAUAAUGACCAUGUCAUUAUGCAAAAAAUCCUUUUAAAUGAAUUCUUUAACAUUUUAUUGUAAAUGCACUGUACACUAAUGUAUUUUAUCAUGAACAAAUGUUUAAUCACUUACCAGUAUAUUGGUUAUAUCAGAUUAUUUCUUAAUUACAAAUGUUUGGUAAAUACAAUAGCUUACCAUACAAAGUGAAGAACAAAUGACUAUUUUCCUUACUGUUUAUUAUGUAUAGGUUAUAAUUUUUAUGUAAAUAAGUAUUGUGGUAAAUACACAAAAAGAUAUUAUUAGUACAUAUAUACUGUACUACAUAAAAAAUAACUUCAUGAAAAAAAUUAUGCCACAAAUUACAAUAGUCAUAAGAGACAAAGUGAGGAUAGCUCAGAUGUAUUCACAUUGUUAAAGAUAUUAGCUAAUGUGGCUUUCCCAGUUACAAAUUUCAGCACCUUGCCAAAUUUAUCACAGGUUUUAUUGUUGCAUGUACUGGGCUGGAUAUUUUAACCAUUACAGCUAAUGUUUAUCUACGUGAUUAUCACUCCUGAAAAUUGACGUACAGUAAUAUAAAUGAGGCUGACAGUGUCAGCAUAGCAAGAUAAGGUAUCUACAUGACUGUGUUGGAAAAUAAAAAAUUUAAGGCCAUUGUAUAAAGAGAUUUUUUCAUGGUAGUCGAAGGUAAUAUUUUUGGUAAUAUGAUGGAAUAAAAAUAAUGUAUAUUUUGCACAUAAUGGAAAGUACUGUAUGGUAAUUUUGAAUUUAGUUAGCUUACAUUAUGUAACUAUGUUAGUAUCAAUGCAUAUUCAGUACCAUGUGUUUAGUGCAAAAAUAAUGUAGUAAAUGUGUUUAUUACUUGCUUCAUUGUAAAUGCAAAUAAAAUUACUUGAAAAUAUUGAUUGUUAUUUGUUAAAUGGAAUUGCUUAAAGAUGCUCAGUUGUUCAAGGUAAAGAAAAGUGUACUCAGUUGUAUGAAGAUGGGGAAAUAUUAUAUACAGUAUAUACUGAAAUGUUUGUAUAUUUUGCAAGGAUGUGCAUUUUGUAAAAUGAAGUAUGAGGUGUGAGCAUAAAGUAUCAGGACUGUUGCUAUAGAAAAAGAGUUAAAAUAUACAGAUUGAGGCCACAUGGCACAGAUUGACUUUGACCCCCAGCUGUGCACACACUAAGCUUUUAGUGUCCUUGCCCACUUCGUCUUUACAGCAGUGCUUGGAAGGAGCGUGUAGUGUGUGGUCGUCGCAUUGACUAUGAUGGAGAAAGUUGAACAGAGAAUCUUCAUCAAAUUUCUCCAAAAGCUUGGCGAUACCUGCACACAAACCUAUGCAAAGUUGCAAUAAGUGUAUAGAGAGGAGUGUACGAGUGGUUCAGAUGUUUUCACGACGGCCAACAAAAUGUCGAUAGUGAUGAACGUUCUCUGAGACCUGUAACCAGCACAAGUGAGAAAAACAUCACAGUUGUACAUGCAGCUUUAAGAAGAAAUCAUCGAAUCACCAUCUGGGUGUCUGCCAAGUUUGUACCAAAACUGCUUUCAGCUGACCAAAAAUAAACUCAGGUUUCAGUUGUGCAAGAUCUCCUUGAUUGCCCAGAACAAUGAAAACAAUUUGAAAACAGUUGUAAUGGGUGAUGAAUCUCAGGUCUAUGGAUAUGAUCCUGAAACCAAGGGUUAGUCUUUGCAGUGCAAGACCCCAACCUCUCUGAGACCGAAAAAAGCACGAAUGAGUUGUUGAUCAUGAGUAUGUUCUACUUGGUCAGACAGUAAACAAGUAGUAGUACUACAACUGUGAUGUGUUGCGACCUUUGCAGGGUGCUGUUUGUGGGAUAAGGCCGGAAUUGCAUGCUUCUGGUGAGUGGCAAUUGCACCAUGACAAUGCACCUGCCCAUUCAGCACAGCAUGUGCAGCAGUUUUAGACCAAGCACAACAUCCCUCAGGUCCAACAGCACAGAAUUCCUCAGAUCUCACCCCUUGUGACUUUUUCCUCACCAAAAAUCAAAUCCCACUUGAAAAGAAGAUUUCAGGAUGUUGAGGAGAUCCAAGUUAAUGCGACGAGGCAGCUGCAGAUUAUCCCAGAAAAGAAGUUCCAGGAAUGCUUCCAUCAAUAGAAUUGGUGCUGGAUAGUGUGUGGCUUCCGAAUGGGACUAGUACUUCAAAGGAAAUUAAAUGGUAAAUUGAUACGUGUUGUAGUUUUCUUUUUUUAUUUUUUCAGCACCAUUCCUGAUAUUUUAUGAUCACACCUUGUAUUUCUUGUAUGUUGGGCUUCCAUAGUACUUCCUAUAUUUUUGGCAUUAACAUUGUACUGGUCUUUCCAACUGAACGAAAAGAAAUAAAGCAACAACAGUUA